CAGCGGGUCACCGAUCAUGGAAAGAGCCGAAGAUGUCGGCUCGGUCAUGUGAUCAGCUGUGUCCAAUCACAGCUGAUCACAUGGCACUGAUGAUCAGUGUGCCCUGAUGAUCAGUGUAGCCCCAGCAGUGCCACCUGUCAGUGUCCAUCAGUGCCUUGUGUCAGUGCUCAUCAGUGCCUCGUGCCAGUGCCCAUCAGUGCCACAUCAAUGCCACCUAUCAAUGCCAAUCAGUGCCACCUAUCAGUGCUGCCAAUCAGCGCCACCUAUCAGUGCCAGUCAGUGCUGCUUAUCAGUGCGCAUCAGUGCCGCCUAUCAGUGCCUGUCAGUGCCGCCUAUCAGUGCCAGUCAGUGCCACCUAUCAGUGCCAGUCAGU